GAGCCAAUAAAAUAGGCCGCGAGGUCGGGGUGGAGAAGCAAGGCAGCAACCCAGCAGCUACUCCUCCUCCUGCUAGCUAGCUUUGCUUCCUCCAUCCUCCUUUGCCGAUCGGGGAAGAUGAGGGGCGCCUCGCUUCUGCUGCUCGUCGUCCUCUCCGCCGCAGCUGCUGCUGCCCCGCAGCUCGUUGCAGCAGCAAACGGAGACUUGAAAGUUCUGCAGAAAGACAUCAUAGAGACGAUCAACAACCAUCCCAAUGCCGGGUGGACUGCUGGACACAAUCCCGCCUUGGCGGACUAUACUGUUGAGCAAUUUAAGCAUAUCCUGGGAGUGAAGCCCACACCUCCGGGCUUACUUGCUGGUGUUCCAACCAAAACUUACCCAAGGUCAGAGGUGCUUCCCAAGGAGUUCGACGCCAGAACUAAGUGGUCUAGUUGCAGCACUAUUGGGAACAUACUUGAUCAAGGUCACUGUGGUUCCUGCUGGGCUUUUGGUGCUGUGGAGUGUCUGCAAGAUCGUUUCUGCAUUCAUCAGAACAUUAACAUUUCACUUUCUGCCAACGACCUAGUGGCUUGCUGUGGUUUUAUGUGUGGUGAUGGUUGUGAUGGAGGAUAUCCUAUCAGCGCGUGGCGAUACUUCGUUAAGGAGGGUGUGGUUACUGAGGAGUGUGAUCCAUACUUUGAUCAGGAGGGCUGCCAACAUCCUGGUUGUGAACCUGCCUAUGAUACACCUGUGUGUGAAAAGAAAUGCAAGGUGCAGAACCAGAUUUGGGAGCAAAAGAAACAUUUCAGCGUCAAUGCAUACAGAGUAAAGUCUGAUCCACAUGACAUCAUGGCAGAGGUCUACAAGAAUGGCCCUGUAGAAGUCUCUUUCACAGUUUAUGAGGACUUUGCACACUACAAAUCAGGAGUAUACAAGCACGUCACAGGUGACGAGAUGGGAGGUCAUGCCGUCAAGUUGAUUGGAUGGGGAACCAGUGAUGCGGGCGAGGAUUACUGGCUUCUUGCAAACCAGUGGAACAGAGGCUGGGGUGAUGAUGGCUACUUCAAGAUCAUAAGAGGCACGAAUGAAUGUGGCAUUGAAGAAGAUGUCGUUGCUGGCAUGCCAUCGACAAAGAACACGGCCGGCGACCAUGGCAGCAGCGGUUUUGGAACUGCUAUACUUUGAAGUUUGAACAGCGUCUUGACCUCAGAUGCUGGUGGAAUUAGCAUGCCAAAUGUAGCGGGUAAAAAAUAGCUGUGGUGGUUCCAGGAUUGUGUAUUUGGUACCGUGCCACACGUUCCAAUGCUGAUAUGUUGUUGAAAUCACAACACUUGUUCUGAAAGAAGAAAAAAAGCAAUAAUAUCAAUAAAAUCAUACUGCUGCCAUUUCCUUGGAAA